AUGUAUCUGCCGGACAUUCUUAUUGCAUUACAAUCUUCCCCGAGAGUAUUAAACAAGGACAAUCAAAACCUCACCUUGGCUUCCCCUUCCGCAGACUUCCGCACCUACAGCCUGAUCUGCACUUGCCAUUUUUCCGUCACCAUGGUAGCUCGUGCAUUCCGGCCUGAUGCCCAUUGGCGUGCCUUAAAAGGGAUACUUCCACCUGAAAGCAGAAAUAUCUCUUCCCUAGACGAGUUGGAAGAUGGCCCAACGAUGCAAGGUCGAGAUGCGAAGAUGUUUCCCGACACAGGUACACUAGCGAUUGCACAGGUGGGAACCGAUACGCGACCUACUACUGCUCUAUUGGCUCGUCGGAUCAACAGUGGUAAUUUCGCCAUCAAAGACGAAUGGAAGACGAAUGCCCGCGGAAGACAGCUGAUCGAAAACAACGUCUUCUUUCCGGAGCGAACGCUAUUCUCAACUGAUGAGGAACGCGAGGAGUACCGGGUUGCAGAGGAGCAAAUUUCCGACGUGACAGCGGAAGCGGUCGUAAUCAUGUUUCGCGUGCGACGACUCGCUAUCAUCUCUAACAGAAACGAAUCCCUCGAAGACGAAGAACACGGUAGGCGCCCAGUCGUCGUCGAUAACCAAACGCUGCUAGCCGCAAUCGAGGAGUAUCACACUCAGACUGUUCGCUUAAUUGCGAGUACUUGGGAUGCUUCAAAGAUACCAUCUAUCGUCACCGUAAUAAUCGCACCGGAGGAAUCGACGCGGCGCAUAACGGCGGUCGUUGCAGUGCCGAGUAAAGGAAGCAGAGCGCAAGGAGUGAAGUUCUUCUCACAACUUAGUACCGUUCUUCUCUGUAGACGAUGUCAGCUAUCCAAUAUUAUGCUGAUAAUAUGUUGA